GAAGAAAAAACGAGGUGAAGUGUGGCGGGAAAGAAAUGAAGAAAGCAUGGAGAAGUACGAGAGAAGUUUCUAUUCUCUCUCCUUCCCCGACAUAACAAUGGAUACAAUAUUAUUAAUCUCUCAAUCUCUCUCUUCUCUUUCUUUUUGCACAAUUUGAUGCAAAGGAAAGGCCCACCAACCAACCCUUUAUAUUCCCCACCCUCUUUCUCUCCAUUCACCAAAGUGCGCAAUGCUACCAUUCAACCAAACUACCCUAACUCCUAAACCCCUCAAUCCCACUCCCUCACCCAACCACCACCACCAACCACCGUCACCACCACCACCUUCCUCUUCUUCUUCCACUGCUCAAACCAUGACCAACACCAAUCCAAUUCUAGACUCUAAUCCUCCAAACCUCGAAGGGGAUUCCGAUUCUGAUAUUGACGCUCUCAUCAAUGCUUUCUUCGAACCUAAUCCCCAAUUCCCCUCUCUCGAUCACCUCCAAGGAUCCACCUCCGACGCCAAGGAAUCAUCUCUCAAGAGAGGAUUAGACACCGGGGAUGAUUCUUCCCAGGCACCAAUUCCCCUCAAACGCGGUCGUAUUGACAAUGUCUUCUUCCACCGCGCCGAUCUCCAUGCCGUCAUUCAAAUUCAAAACCCUAUUCCUUCUCCUCUUCCUCUCUCCCAGUCCCUGUCGCAUGCCGCUGCUACCAAUGGAGACACUCAAGCUGUGGAAGGGCAGGGGAAGCGUCCGGUUUUUGACUCCGAUUUCCUGUCCAGGGCUCUCCGUGAAGCUGAAGCUGAAUCCGUCUUUCCGCAGAAUUCAGACGAUAACGACGAUAACUUUGACGUGGAACCUGCAGAUUUUAGUGCACCUUAUGUAUCGCUGAGUGAUUAUAGGAGGAUUCGGAACAUGGAGCGUUUCCGACAGAUAGCCAAGGAAAGCGCGACUCACUAUGCUCGGUUCACGUCAGAGGACAGCGCAGAUGAAAGGCCGUCGUCUUCUGCUGCGCCUCAGGGAAUUGACGAUUCCACAUCUCCGUUUUCGAUCUCGAUGAAGGCUAUCAAAGAGGGAGCGACGAAAAAGAAGGGGCGUGAGACGUGGGUUGCGAAGAGUCAAAAGAGGGAGAAGAGGGUCUGUGUUCCCUCAUUGCAAGAACUGUGUCUCAGAACUCUCGCGGACAAUGCUGAUGCCAUGGUUUCCCUUGAGGGUGUACCGGAUGAGUUGAGGCACAAGCUUUGCAAACUGCUCUGUGACUCGAGAAAGAUGAAUAGUCACUUUCUUGAACUUCUUCUCAGCGGCUCUCCCACGGAGAUUCGCCUGAGAGAUUGCUCGUGGUUGACGGUGGAACAGUUUGCCGAAUGUUUUCAUUCGUGUGACACUGGAAGAUUGGAGGUGCUGCAACUUGACCAGUGUGGAAGGUGUAUACCUGAUUAUGCAUUAUUUGGUCCUCUGAGACCGUCACCAUGGUGGUUGCCGAGAUUAGUUAAUCUGUCCCUCAGUGGUGCAUGCCGUCUUUCAGACAAGGGGUUGCAUGUGCUAGUUUCUUCUGCUCCAUCACUAAGAUCAAUUAAUUUAAGCCAGUGCUCCCUUCUCUCAUCUGUCAGUGUCAAUAUUUUGGCGCAAUCGUUGGGAUCCCUACUGAAAGAGUUAUAUCUUGAUGAUUGCCUAACCAUUGAUGCUGCACAAAUUGUGCCAGCAUUGAAGAAACUCGAACAUUUAGAAGUGUUAUCAUUGGCUGGAAUUCAAACUGUCUCUGAUGAAUUUAUCGGGGAUUACAUCACCGCACGUGGUCAGAACAUGAAGGAGCUUGUUUUAAAGGACUGUAGAAAAUUAACCAAUGCAUCAAUAAAAGUCAUUGCCGAGCACUGUCCCGGGUUGUGUGCACUCGAUCUUAUGUAUUUGGACAACUUGACGGAUUUAUCCAUGGGAUAUCUUACGAAUAACUGUCGAGUACUCCAUACAUUGAAGCUCUGCCGUAAUCCAUUCAGUGAUGAAGCAAUUGCUGCAUUUUUGGAGAUUGCUGGAGGGUCCUUAACAGAACUUUCACUUAAUAAUAUUAAGAAGGUUGGGCACCAUACGGCCUUAUCUCUUGCUAGUCAUUCAAAAAAUUUGCAUACUCUAGAUCUGUCUUGGUGCCGAAAUUUGACAGACAAUGAGUUGGGUUUGAUAGUAGAUAGCUGCUUCUCACUGAGGUUGCUUAAACUUUUUGGAUGCUCACUGGUAACAGAUGUUUUUCUCAAUGGGCACUCAAACCCAGAGAUUCAGAUCCUAGGAUUGAAGAUGUCUCCUUUAUUGCAAAAUGUCAGAAUGCCUGAUACCUGUGAAGCUCCUUUACGUUAUUCAUCAGUCUCGGCAGAUUUGAUGUAUAAAUGACAAUUAAAAAUGGAACAUAUUGUUAUUUCUAGUAAAAGCAGACAUAACUUUGGUGCUAACCGGAGGCAAGAAGACAUGUUGCCCGAUUACAUUUAGUUUUACUGAUGCCAUUGUUGUUGCAAGGAUUCAAUCCCAAACAUACAGACAAUUCAUAUUCAUUAUGUACAGUGGAUAUGUAAAUUUGACUGCGACAGGUAAUAAUAUUUUUUUUUUCCUGAAAGGAAGAAAAUUUCAACCCAGUUUGUCUA